UUAUUAAUUAAUAAUUAUUAAAUUAUAAUGCCCAGUCAUUCUCGUACUGUUCUUCGAAAGUUUCUUGCCAGGCCUCAACAUGAAGGUGCUGGAGCUGUUGUUAGAAGAAGCAUUGGAAGGUUUGAGCUGAAAUACUUUGAUCCUUUCCUGGUUCUGGAUGAAUUCUGUGUAUCUUCCCCUGGUGGAUUUCCAGAUCACCCACAUAGAGGGUUUGAGACUGUUACAUACAUGUUACAGGGAGCUGUAACACAUGAAGACUUUGAAGGACACAAAGGGACCAUUGGAGUUGGUGAUUUGCAAUGGAUGACUGCUGGAAAAGGGAUUGUACAUUCUGAAAUGCCUGCUUCAAAUGGCACUCAAAAAGGGCUGCAAUUAUGGAUUAACCUCUCUUCUACCCACAAAAUGAUUGAGCCGAGGUACCAAGAGAUGGCGAGCACAAAUAUAGCGGAAGGUAUCGAAGACGGGGUUAGAGUGAGAGUGAUAGCAGGCGAGAGUUUGGGGAUAAAGUCGCCGAUAUACACAAGAACACCCACUAUGUUUCUUGAUUUCACGCUCGAACCAGGAGCCCACGUGCACCAACCCGUACCCGAAUCUUGGAACGCGUUCGUGUACGUCUUGGAAGGCGAAGGCAUGUUUGGCAACUCGAAAGCAUCUUCGACUACGCCCCACCAUCUUUUACUUUUGGGUCCGGGAGAUGGGCUCGAGUCGUGGAACAAGUCGUCCAAGCCACUACGGUUCAUUUUGGUUGGAGGUGAACCGUUGGGUCAACCGGUUGUUCAGUGGGGACCGUUUGUUAUGAACACCCAAGAAGAGAUCGAUCAAACGAUUCAAGAUUACGAGAAUUUCGAAAACGGAUUUGAGAAGGCAAGAUAUUGGAGAUCUGAAGCUCUUAAUUGAUCAAGAUCAUCACUUUUAGAUCCUUAAUUUCAUUUCAUAUUUAAGUCAUGUUGGGUAAACUAAAGGGGCGUUUGGAAUGGAAUUUGGUCAACGGAAUUGAUCAUUCCAAUUCCAUCAGAUUCCAGGGAUUCCGACGAACUAAACGCCCCUUAAAAUGUCUAGUUGUUUUAAUUCUUGAAUGAUUUUCAAAUUUCAUUCAUUCAUAUACGUCUAGAUGUCUUUUUUUCUUUACAACCUGUCACGUAGUAUCGUAUCAAAUAUGUAAACUUGAUUGGUACACGGUAUUGGAAGUCGUAUACCACAGUUGUUAAAUCAUGGUUUACGACUUUUUAAUAAUUUAUUAGCUUUUUUAGUUUUUUGUAUCGAAUAUUAAAAUUUGUAACU